AUGUUUCGAAAAAAUCUCUUCGCUGCAGCAGUGGUGACAUAUUUCUGCUGUGUGGUCGGCUCACGUCAAAAAGUCAGCCUUGCAUUCAACAAUCCCGAAAACGGUUUAUUUGCGACUGGCGACGAUAGCGUCUGUCCACAAGAGCACAAUCCCCCUGCUGGCACGAUCACAAGUCCAAACUACCCGCAAGUUUACGACAAUAGAGUUUUUUGUGAUAUUAUCCUCAUGCUCCAUAACCCUCUCAGAAUAUGGAAGGACAUUUCAAUAACAGUCAAUGCAUUCGUCACUGAACGAAAACAUGAUAAAUUAAUCAUUAAUGGUGUUGAAUAUAGUGGGAAUGGAACAAGUGACCCCGGGGCGUUACAAGUUGGUCGCACAUAUCUUUUUAGGAACAAUUUUCUUUGGUUCCACAUGCGGUUUGUGACUGAUGGAUCAGUGCAAAAGAUGGGCUUCUCCAUAGAUUAUACAGUUGAAGACUCCAGUGAAAACCAUAACAUUACAGAGGUAUGUGGCACAGUUAACAAUAGAGUGUGUGGGCGCAAUGGUGUCUGUCACAGCCAUGUAGAAGGCUUUACAUGCGUUUGUAAACCGCAAUGGAGUGGACCUAGAUGUGAUCAAAGAGUCGUGGUCGGGGAUUGCCCCAUAACGCUACAACCCCCCGCUGGAACUAUGACAAGCUACAACUACCCUGGAACUUAUCCCAAUUCAUUUAAGUGCCAAAUUAGUAUUCGUAUACAGGAUAGCCCAAACGGGUGGAACGACAUAUUUAUGACUGUCGAUGAUUUUAUCACCGAAAGGUGUUGCGACCGGCUUACUAUUAACUCUAGAACUUACGCUGGAAAUGGUAGCAAGGAUACGGGCGCUUUACAGAAAGGACAAACAUACAAAUUUCGAUCCAACCGAAGGGACUUUAUGAUGUCAUUUAGAACUGACGGUUCCGUUGUGUAUAAAGGCUAUAGCAUUAGAUACAAUCUUCAAAGGUCACCGGACCAAGGAAAUCGUGUAACAGAGACUUGUUCUUCACGACCCUGUCAAAACGGAGGAACGUGCCACAGCUAUAGGAACGGCCCCACAUGCCUCUGUAGGACCGGCUACAGUGGAACAAUGUGUGAAUACCGUUCAGAUACAAAAGGAUGUCCAUUCAGGUAUCGGACAGCCAGGGUGACUGUACAAAGCAUCAACUACCCCAGACCAUACCCCAGCAAUAUGCAUUGUCGCUAUUUGUUCGAUUUAUCGAGAUACAAUCGAUUCCCAUGGAAACAAAUACGAUUGUACGUGUGGUACUUUGAGACUGAGAAAAACAGAGACGUCCUUGAUCUGAAUGGUCUGCAAAGGUUUAGUGGAUGGGGAUACUUUGAUCGGGAUUCUGCGCCAGAGAAUAGGAAGUGGUACUACUUAUAUACUCAAGCAGACACGUUCAAUAUGACAUUUAUGACAAAGUUUAUUGGUACUCGGUUGCAUCCUGGGUGGGCGAUGAACUUCUACCUCUAUGGACUUCAAAGGCCUCCUCCCGGUGGUGUUAUAAUAGACCGGUUGUACAUGGACCAUGAUGACUAUUCUGUUCCUGAAAAUACCAACACAGUGGUUUUUGACGAGGAGACUGGGGAAGAAGUGGAGUACGAGGGCGAACCUAUAAACUUUGGGCUAGCUCCUAGCAAACCUAGGGGCCAAAACCUUUAUUAUGAGUUACAAAGUAGGGCGUGCCCACUGUAUGUCUAUGCUCCAAGAGGAAUAAUCCAAUCCCCAGGAUUUCCCCGGGGGUAUACCAACAGACUGUUCUGUGAUAUUAUUCUAUACACAAGGAAUAAUAAUCAAAACAUCUGGAAAGACAUAACAAUCACAGUACAAGCCUUUAUGACGGAAACAAAACGUGAUCGACUAAUUUUGAACGGUAGAGAAUAUAGUGGAAAUGGCAGCGAUCCAAACGCGAGAACGGCCCUACAAGUUGGCAGGAGAUACCUUUUCAGGAAUAAUUACAUUUGGUUCCACAUGAGAUUCAGGACAGAUUCAAGGAAUGUUUUUCCAGGAUUCCGAUUCCAAUAUUACGUUACUACAUCCAAGGAACGACAUAAUAUCACAGAGUUUUGCGAGAACAAUCCAUGUGGACGAAAUGGCGAAUGCCACAGUCAUGUGGAAGGUUUUGUUUGCUACUGUAAACCGGGGUACACUGGAACACUUUGCGACAUGGUUAUUAUUGUUCCCUCGACGUGUCCAAAGACCUUAAACCCUCCAACAGGGAUAAUGCAAAGUGACAACUAUCCGAAUAGGUAUGCCAACGGGAUACUCUGCCAGUAUACAUUGAAUCUGAAUAACGAACGGCAGGCUUGGAAAGACAUCACGAUGACCGUUGACGGAUUCAAGACAGAGUCCUGUUGCGAUCGUUUGACAAUAAAUGGACGCCCAUAUGCUGGAGACGGAAGUGUUACUGGGUCAGGGGAUAGACGCGGAAUGCGAGCCAUGAUGGAAGGUCGCACAUAUUUGUUUCGCAGCAGGGAUGUUAGUUUCGUCAUGAAUUUUCGCACUGAUAGAAGUGUUACGUACAAAGGAUUUUCAAUUAGCUACAAUGUUCGAAACAGUGCCAGCCCCGAUGGUCUAACAGAAUCGUGUGUAAACAAUCCCUGUCAGAAUAGCGGAAUCUGUCAUAGCUUGGACAGUGGUCCUAUGUGCAUCUGUCCCCCCAAGUAUAGUGGUAACCUAUGUCAGAGUAUAAGAGAGACGUUCAACUGUCCACGUCACUAUUUUGAACCAGUCGGUAUCAUUCAGAGUCCAAAUUGGCCGUUGCCUUACCCACGAAAUGCUAUAUGUAAUUAUUACAUCACGGUUGAUGGUAUACAAGGGGCGUACAGAGAACUGUUGGUAUAUGUUCAAUACUUUGAGACGGAACGGCGUCGAGACGUUCUGACUAUCAACGGGAUACAGUACAGUGGCUUUGGCUACUUUGACGAUUCUGCCAUGGGGAUAAUUCAAACAUAUAAAUUCUUUACUAAAGGAAACCAAUUUAACAUCACCUUCAAAGCAGGAAGAGCGAGGGACCGUCACCCCGGUUUCUCAUUACAAUACCUAGUCCAAUCUGCAGAUACAACUGUGACCUAUCCACCCACAUCACCAUCCACAAGGGACCCAGGGGAGUUCACCUCGAGGGCAACAAUGCCACCACAGACACGCCCGACAGAACCACCACAAACACAACCAAGAGUGACUACACCUAGAAUCACAAUGCCGCCAUGGACAGGCACCCCACCUGGAACAUUUCCACCAUUUACAGGGUUCUGGACAACCCGUCCAAACCAACAAAGAACUCCUGCUCCAAGGAAAGGAAAUGGCAUUGGAGCUGGUGGUAUAGUUGGUAUCUGCAUAGCGGUGCUCAUAGUCAUAGGUGUGGGUGGAUUUGUCGGAUUUCUGUUUAUGAAGAAACGAGGUUUAACAUUGGGUCUAAAACAAGCCAUGAAACCUGGAUUUGACAAUGCAGUGUACGGACAGAAUGAAGAGAGAGUGAACAUUGGGAAUGUAAUUGCCACUGGCUCGCGUGCUUAGGCAUGUGUCCCAUGCAUGUUACAAUUUCUGAUUUAAAAAGUAUAACACCAAUCAUCUACUAUAGUAUUUCAUUUGUGUCUCUGUAUCCUUUGCACUGUAUAAAUUACCUGUACAUACAAAAUGACCAAAGUGCCAGAAUUGAUGAGGAAAAUGAAAAACCUCAAAUGAACUUUAUGUUAUUUGUUAAUUGAAAACGUGACCUAGAGACUUCUAUUGUCUAGAAAAU